AUGUUCUUUAACUUUUUUCCAUUUGUUUAUUAUGUUGUAGGCAGAGGAGAACAAUACUUUGUUUUGCGGCUGUCUCCAGCAGCAGCAGCGCAGCUAUGGGAUCCACAGACAGGGGAAGUUUUAAACCUGUGCAGCAGCAACCCUUUUCCUCCUUCUGUUGCUGCUGCUGUUGCUGCUGCUGCUGCUGCUGCUACUCCUCAGCAGCAGCAGCAGCAACAGCAGCUGCUGCUGCAGCAGCUGCAGCUGUGGAAUGAGGAACUCGAUGUUCUAGCGGCCCUCAGAAAUGCAAACGCAGAAACAAAAACACUGCAGCAGCAACUUGCUGCUGUGCUGCCUGCUGCAGAGGCUUUUGCAGCAUCGCAGCACCGCAGUCUGCAGGAGCUACAGCAGCAGCAGCAGCAGCAGCAGUGGUUAGUGGAGACAGAUGCAGAUGAGCAGCAGGGGGGUGAUGCUGCUGUUAAGCAGGUGCUGCUGAGUGGUUAG